CCAAAACCAAUUUCUCCAAGGCUUCAGCUUUUCAGUCUGACCCUUUGAUCUACCUACAUUCCACUUUGGCAGCAUGGUGGGAGUGGAUUCGGAGUGGACACAAAACCCUUUUUAGAAUUAUAUCAGAUAAUUAAAAUGCAAACAAACUUUCUUGUUCCUUCACCUCAAGGAGUGUCCUUGGAAAGCAAACAUACUUCGGGGCAUACAAGGGGGGCGCAGUGCGAAGGUGUCCUUUAAGCCUCAGCUCCGGAGAAAAACGAAAGGAGGGUGGCAAACUAGGACCGACGUGAGAAGAGGGGACUGAAUCAGAGAACGACAAAGGGGGCAGGGCUCCGGACAGGGGUAGGAGGAAGAAGCGGCGACUGGGGCUUGUGUCAGCUUCCUCUUUGAAUUGCUAGACGGCCGCGAGGUGGGCGAGGCGGGGCGCGGGGAGGCGGGCUCCGCGUGCGAUUGGCCUAGGGCUGAUCCAAUCUCCAGCUCUCGCGGGCGGGGAGUCCGGGGCGGCCGCAGGGGCCACACCCAGGGUUUGCUGGUCCCGCGCUUUCCCGAGCCCAGCAGGCGCUCGCUGCCGGAACCGGUCAAAGAACGAACGAAUGAAUGACUCUUUUGCUAGAAUGGGGACCAGGGGGCCUCAGGGAGCUGCGAAUCCCACGGACUCCUCCCGCAGGCCUUUCCCGCGCGAGGUGGAGCGCGGGGCUCCACUGGCUCCGGGCGCCCCGAAUCCCAGGACGGCAGGGGCGAGCAGAAGCCUGGACGGCGGCCACGAGGGCAAGUCGGCAGGUCGGACCCUCGGACCUCGGGCCGGAGAGGAAAUGGACCGUGAGUCCUGGGUCAGAGACAAAGUGCUCUUUCUCCUGCACCCAGAGAGGUGGUUAGGGACUCAAGGGGACCCUGCACGGGAAGCGAUGGCCGGGGGAGAGGACCUUCCUCUUGCGGGUGGCGAGGACCAGGGCCAGGAGCCCAACUGCUCUUCUCAUGUCUUUCAACGAGAAAAGCGAAUUUCUGGCAGGCGUGUAGCCCCUCCGCGGGACCCAGCAGACCCACCCAAAUACGUGCUGGUGCGGGUGGAGGAUUAUCAGGUAACGCAAGAAGUGUUGCAGACCUCGUGGGCCAAGGGUCGCAUGACCACGAGGACUGAGGAGCACUCUGUGACCGCGCUCACUUUUCGCAGCUGUAGAGAGAGACCGCCUGGGGGGCGCCGGGGGCCCUGCUGAACCCCGGGCUCUCCAGGCACGAAGAAAGGCACCCCGGCUCCACGCCGCGGAGAGGAGGGUUUCACAGUCUCCAAGGAGCUGGCUCGAGGAGGAGAUUAGACUCUAAAGAGGAGCCCGAGAAAUGUUCCGGGACGGUGGAUGAGCGAUCAUCCUUAAAAGAAAAUGCUCUUCUGGGAACUCCAAGCUGCAAUUAACCUGCAGAAGGAACCUUUCCAGAGGCUGGUGCAGCGCUUCAGAGAGGCAGAUAAGAACUGUGCUCCUGAUCCAAGCAGAACCCUGUCAUGGGAAGAGCCUGAGAAAUCUUAUCCCAUUUACAAGUGACCUGGGAAUUCAUCCAAAGUGAAUUGGGCAUCCUCAAUACCAAGAAAUCUCUGAGAAUGGCUGGGCCUUGGCUGUUUGAUCUUACCUCUACUCCACUAAAAAAUAAGAUUAUCUAAAAUCGUGUUUGGUGGAUGAACCACAUCAAAGACUUCCAGAAGCCACUCCAGUGACCAUAAGACAAAUGUCAGAAUUGCAUAGCCACCAGAAUCAGGCAAGUGUCACCCUGUCUUGAAACUCUUUGUUUACAACCAUCAUCUCCUUUUGGGAAGAAUUACAUUUGACUUGCUGCUUAUUUUUGUUGGACGUUACCAGUGCGUGGUGAUAAAAUUUGAUGUGGCUCUUUGCUUUGAAAAAGAAAAAAAAACUUUUUAUUCAAAGAAAAAGUUAUUCACACUGCAUAAAAUUGGGGAAAUAUUAUGAAGAAAAAGGAAGUUAUUAUUAAGGAAACAAAAAUGUACAGAUGACCCCAAAUCUCUUUUAAUAUUUGGCAUGUUUCAAGGAUGAGUUUUUUGUUUUGUUUUGUUUUGUUUUGUUUUUAUUUUAUAGAGACAGUGCCUUGCUAUGUUGCCCAGGCCAGUCUUAAAAUUCUGGACUCAAGCAAUCCUCCUGCCUUGGCCUCCCUCCUAACACGGUGGGCUUAUAGGCCUCAGCUAUCAUGCCCAGCCAAAUAUGGCUUUAUUUUAUUAUAUUUUCAUGUGUAUAUACCUAAAUAUAUACAUACAUUUUUCUAAGCAUAAACUAUAUAAAGUAGUAUUAAUGUAACCUCUGUAUCUUUUCUGAGUAUUGUCUUAAUAUAAACACACAUAUGCUACUCAAGAUGUUUUCUGUGAAACAGCAACCUGGGCAUCUCCAUGAAGACGUUUGGAAACAUAGAAUCUCAAGCCCCAUUCCAAAUCUGCUGAAUCAGAAUCUGCGUUGUCAAGAUCAUUGGAUGAUUCACAUUAAAGUUUGAGAAACAUUGA